CCCUGCUAGUCUGUUGUCGGAGAUCAACUCUCAAGGAGCUGACGUCCAGAGACCUGUGGAUUUGUUGCUCACAUUCAGAGGGCUCUCCUUCCUAGACAUCACAAAAAUGUCCAAUCGGGUACCCAUCAUUUCCCCGGAAGAUCUGGAGAGCAUCACCCUGACUAGGGCAGGAUUUGGCUUCAUUCUGAAAGCUUUCCACACACCGCGGAACACUGACGUUGCCUUGAAGCUGCUGACUUGCAAGAGUGCGACAGACAGAGACUUGAAGGCGCUGCUGGAAGAUGUAGCUGGCAUCCAGCAUGUUAACUGUGAAAGGCUCAUACCUUCCAUUGGCAUCUACCACUUCCAAGGACUCCUUGGGGUUGUUACGGAAUGGAUGCACAACGGAUCGCUCCAUUCCCUCAUCCAUGAGCACGAACUCUAUCUGGAUUUGCCUCUUCCUCUGUGCAUAAGGAUAUUGACAGAUGUGGCAGAAGGCCUCGGUUAUCUACACAGUUUGGAACAUCCCAUCCUUCACCACAGCCUGAAACCUUCUAAUGUCCUCCUAGAUCUUGAGUACAGAGCCAAGCUAUCAGAUUACGGCUUUCCCACCUGGAGAAGGCAGCAGUUAAGAUCUGUCCUACAGAACUCUAACAACAGAAGUUGUUGGGAUUUGCAUUACCUGUCCCCUGAAAUACUCCAAGGAGGUAGCUUCUCUCGAGAAGGUGAUAUUUACAGUUUUGGAAUGAUGUGUUGGGAAAGCCUAAGCAGACAGAAGCCACUGGAAGGCAAGAAGACCCUGCUUGAAGCUGUGACUAGUGUCUGCAACAGAGUUCGCCCUGGAGUCGAACCGGCCUUUAUUCCCAGCAGCCUGCCUCAUCGAAACAAACUGAUAAGGCUAAUCGCAGUGUGCUGGCACCCAGAACCCAGUUGCAGGCCCUGUGCUGCAGAUUGCAAAGAGUUGCUACAGGAUGUUCUUGGUAUGUUUAGCAAGGAGAUGAUUUCUGACGCCAUCUACAACCUGAUUCAUGCCAAGGACUGUGCAACAGAUGCUGCCAAAAGCCCAGUUUCUCACGGUCUCGAAAUCGAUUUGCGCAACUUGGAGGCCAGCAGCCUCCGGGACGAGAACAGGCAGACCAAAAAGAUUACUCUAGAAGCACAGAGCUUGCCAGAUAUCCACCUCAAAAGCAGCACACACACACAAGAAAAAGAAGCUAAGCAGACACUUCAUGCCAACGCCAGCCCUCCUAAUACAGCCUUGGAAAAAGGCCCUCCAGCAUGUGGCAGCAAAAGACAGAGCCCUCCUCAUUUCUUAUCCACUCUACUUACACUGGAUCCAAGUGAAAAAGUCACCUCUUCCUCAUGCAGGAAGUCCGAGGGUUGGCAGCCCCCGCAGCAACCUGUGCAGGGACCAGCUCGUAGUCCUACCCACAGUAACCUUCCCUCCACCUGGCCUGGAUGCCCACUCACAGAUCCAUGCUCUAAAGGAAGCUGCUGCACCAUCCUAGCCUGCAGGCGAGAACCCAUCUUGCACUUUAUGACAGAAGGGCGCCUGAACCACAUCCUGGACGUCCUGCGCUCCCAGCAGAUUUUAUCCAGAACAGACUAUGAAACAAUCACUUCGUUCUCUACUGUGACCAGCCGGGCACGCGCUUUGCUGGACACUUGCCUCAGCCUUGGGGAGAAAGCUGCCCAAACCGUUGUGGGCAUUCUGUCUGGCAGCAAGUGCAGCCCUUUGGCAAGAACGCGGUGAAUUGAAUGGCUUUCAGCACAGCGAGUUGUUCACAAUUGUCUUUGUGAAUGGUAACUUUGUACAGGCGUUGAUUCAUGUGUCUUCAUGACCUUCCGCCGUGCAUGAGAGAGUCUUGCACACUUCCGCUCAGUGACUUUAACCCAAGGAGAAUUGGAUUAAGAGGUCAAGUCGCCCGCUGCCUGAGCUCAUAACCAUCAAGAGUCCUUUUUACAAAAAAAUAACGAUGGACCUUUGAGAUGUUGGAAGGAGGGCACAGCUGAAGUCCAGCGUUGGCUCUUAACUUCCUACUUGGAGAGGAGGCAUUGUGGUGCUCUUGUUUUUCCUGCUGGGAGAGAGGAGAUUGCCGAGACUUGGCCAAUGAAGGGGAAAGGGCACCUAAGGCUGGGGUUGCCCCUCAGAGCAACAACAAAGGAUGCCUGCUGGGGUGUGCAAACCUUAAGGGCAAACUCAGGCCAGCCUUGCACCAGCAGGGCAUCCUGGUUCAAAUGAGCUUUUAUUAGUUGCUGAGUCAGAGGGUUUCUGAAUAGUCCCCGAGGCACUUGGUUGGGUGUUUUAAAUGACGUAUCACCAUCUGAGCUUGUAACUGAGGCGGGUGAAUUCUCAAGAGAGGCUCUGCUCUGCCUUAGUGGGCAUGUCCAUCUGAUCGAUAAAAUAGCGCUGAAGGUUUCUAUAACCCUGUCUGAUAGCAGCCACUUAAAUUAGUAGCAGCAAUUAACAGUCUGGCCCAGCUACGCCUCUGAUGCAAGUAAAGAGAAGAUUUCAAGCGUGGCCAGAUUUUUUUUAAAAAGCAUCUCUUGCUCUAAAGUUCAGAAACAGAUAUUUCACUCUAACCACCUGUCAUUCAUGCCAAAUGACUUGAAUUCUGCUUAACUUUCUCUCGAUGGCUUUUUCAAGAAAUGCAGAAUAAGGGAGGAAAGGAACUUUCCUUGCUGAUCAUUUUCUCUCAGCCUUGCUUACAGCUAUUUUUAUUCUAAUUACAGCUCCGGUGAUUACUUCUCAUUUUAAAAAUGAGAGGGGGAUUGCAUACAAUUCUGCAUGAUGCAGAGUUUAGAAUCCUGUUAUGUAUACCAUUUGGGCAAGCUUGAUUGCUAUGUGUACAUUGUGCAAUAAAUAAUUUCAGAGCUGGUCCAUUGCAACAAAAUUAGACUUCUGCUGAGGAUAUACACUCCCAUGUCGCUGUCAAACUGACUGUGACUCAUGAAAGCUUAUGUUGGAAUAAAUGUUGGUCUUCAAGGUG